GGGGGGGGGAGGGAAUGAAGAGCACCCGAGAAGAUAUAAAGGAUCAUGGCGCAAAUGUCAACUCCGUUAUUCCUAUCCGACAUCCAAGCCAGGAAAGAUGUUCCUUCGUGUCCUUGUUCACGGCCUUGCCUUGACCCUGACUAUCGUCGUCCUUGGGAUGGCCUCGCCUCUGGACAACCUCGGAUUGAAGCAAUGCGAACACGAGGACACCGACAGCAACAACAGCAACAACAGCAACACAACGCAACAACAGUUCGCAGAGUUCUUCCGGGAUUUCUUUCCCGACAACGAGAGCGCGGAAACGCAAGACGAGGAGCAUCGUCAAGGUCGGAAAAUCUCCACGUUUCUGGGAAACGAAGAGGGGAAAUCUCGUCAGUGCAAGAGUACCGUCACCACACUCAGAAAAGACGAAGCCAUGGUGCUCAAAAGUCAUCACAGUUACGGUAUGGAGCCCUACCCUGAGAACUAUCUGUGUCGAUGGCUAUUCAUCCCGGAUGAUUGCAACCUCGCUCUAAAAUGCGAUUUGGGCACUUUUCGGAAUCUGAGAAGGAGCCGAAGCCGAUUUGAGCAAUGUAGAGGUGCAGAUUAUCUUCGCGUUCUCGGCAACCGAGGAUACUUUGAUCAAUUCUUUUGCGGAGACAAUGGUCCAGAAAUGAAGCUGGACAAGGGCAGCACAAUGGCCUUGAUGUUCCAUUCUCAAGAACGAGAAGAUACGGAGGAAAACCUGAAACGGCUAGGAUUUGGUUUAGAAGGGUUUCAAUGUAAAAUAGUUUGUAGUGGAAAUCCGGAUCCGAUAACAUCCACCACCAGUAAACCAGCAGUGUUUUUUGAUGAUUCAGUAGUCAUUCAUGCCUCAUCCGGAAAUACCACCAAUGACAAGAGUGAUACCUCGAUACCUCCCAAUUGUCAUUGUGGUGAGACGCGUGAAGCCCGCAUUGUUUGCCCUUUGGGACACAAUUGUACUUCAAACAUCGGUAGCAUUCCCUGGCAAGCGGCCUUUGUUCACAAAGGUCAAAAGGCCCCUUGGUGUGGGGGUACUUUGAUCAGUGAUCGGUAUGUGUUGACGGCAGCUCACUGUUUGGCAACGCGCAAAUCAGAGCGCGUUCAAGUGAUACUCGGGGAUCAUGAUUGGACUUCCAAGACCGAAGUGGUGGAGGGUCGGUUCAAUGUGGAAGAGGUCAUAAGACACCCAAAAGCCGGACAAACAGCCCAAUUUGAUUAUGAUUUCGCCUUAGUGAAACUCGCCACUCCGGUGGAUUUCAGCCGAUUUCAUCGAGUUCGUCCCGCCUGUCUGCCAGAUCCGAGCUCCUCCAAAAAAGAUCUUGUGGGCAGGGUUGGCUAUGCCAGUGGGUGGGGUCUCGUGGAUCCUAAAAACUUACAUCAGCAAGCCAAGGUCCUACAGAAAGUGGCAGUCUCCGUGAUCACCAUGAACGACUGCCGCCUGAAGUACAAAUUCAAUCCUGUCACAGACAACAUGAUGUGCGCCGAGACUCCCGGCGGGGAUGCUUGCUUUGGCGAUAGUGGUGGACCAUUCACCAUCCCUGAUUUGAGCGGAAAAUAUGUAUUGGAAGGGGUCAUUAGUUGGGGCAAGAGUUGCGCAGAUCAACGUUAUCCAGGAGUGUACGCAGAGGUUCGAUAUGUACUGGAUUGGAUCCACACGUCAAUCUCCGAUUCUCACACCUGUCCUCGGGACGAUCGGAGAAGAAGUCUGGAUCCUGUGGAACAAGUUCAAGAUCUCGAGCACACUCUCGGUCGUGGUGACCGUCGUGCCCUUUAAAAUGCCAAAAAUUAUAUCCAAACGUAUUUAUAAAUAUACCUAUUUAUUAAUCGUGUUUUUUUGAGCAUU